AUGAAGAAGGAGAUGUAUGACCCCCUUGGUUUGUUUGACAACUUGUGGUUCAGGCACUACGGCUCCAAGUAUUUGUCACAACACUAUCAUGCAUCACUGUCGCAACCGGUUGCCACAUCUACUUUGAUGCCAAUUGGGCGAUCAUCAGAAAUAUCUGUGCCCGAGGUGCCAAGCCGUCGUGCCAACGCCUUCCGUGACUUGCUGUCCAACCCUUUGCUGCGCCGGAACUUCAAAGACGGCUUCUUGACUCAGAUUUUCAACGUGAUGGAUAAUGAGACGCUCUUUCGAAUGAUGGUCAAGGCUGCACGAGACCCUGAGAAUCGAGAUGACAUUGAGAUCUAUCGUGCUUUGCAGAGGCAGCUGCGCGAGUCCGGUGGUGUUGUGACAGCUGGGAGGCAAAUGUGGAAGCAGCUGAAUCAAGUAUCGGCUCAAAAAGCCGAGUUGACACGAGAAGUUUGUUCGAUUGUGUCGCAUCUCGGCAAGUUUGGGCAGUUGCACGACCUUCUUUCGAUCGGAGAUCCUGGCCGCACUGUGCUUUCUCUACGCAAGGCUUUGUGCAUGCAGGGGCAGUGCUGGGUUGCCCACGACACAUUUUCGGAUGACCUUCCGGCAGUGAUCGAACGCGGAUGUCUGGAUCCGGUGGGUGCUGAAGUGCAUUGGCGGCUGAUGGAAGCAGGUCCUUUUAAGGAGGUACCUGACAACUCGACUGACUUAGUAACAAUGAUGCAAGGCCUUCAUCACAUACCUCAGCAGCACUUGCCUCGAUUCUUGACAGAAGUGGUUCGUGUGCUACGUCCAGGAGGUCUCUUUAUUGUUCGCGAGCACGAUGCCUCACCAUCCUUGAUGCCAAUGCUAGACUUGGCCCACAGUGUGUUCAAUGCCGUCAUGGGUGUCACUGACAAGGAAGAGGAGAUGGAACUCAGAGCAUUUCGACCCCUGUCAGAGUGGAGGAGAAUUCUGGAGAGCACCGGCCUGGAGGAUUCCAUGCUAUUCGAGAUGGAGCCAUAUGACCCCACAGUCGACGAAAUGAUGUGUUUUUACAAACCGCCUUUGCAUGUUGAGUCUGCCUCACGACCUGCACCUGCCUUGGCUGAACCACCUUCGGCAGUUCAACUCCCAGAGGCCGUGGCUUCAUUUAUGGAAACAGCUCCUCAGGUUUUGCUGCGAGGAGUGUUGGACGCCAUUGAUGGAGUCCUCAACACGCUGCCCGCCGCGGUGGCCGUCUUCAAAGAGCGGAUGAAGGCGUUCAGCAGUGGCCAGCAGUUGAUCGCUCAGUCUUUGGUGGACCAAGCAGCUGAACCUAUCCUCAAAAUCCUGCAAAAUUUGCGGCCGCUGGUUGAACAUGUGGACCUCACGGGGCCGGCAGAUUCCGGCCUUGGUAGCUUGGUCCCCUCCGAAAUCUUGUUGCUGGUACCGGCGCUGAUGCGGAAAGUUCAGAACGGCCAGGCGAGUGCGAAUGAAAUGUUUGCCGCAGCGGUGAUCAAGGACAUCCUGGACACGUUUCAGGGCCAGCGGGUGGACAGUCAAAAGCCCCAAGAGGUGGCCGUUUCAGUCACAAAGGAAGAGGUCGAAGGGCUGCUCCGGAAGCUUCUCGAAGCAUUUCCUCAAUUUCAAGAGGCCAAUGCCCUGGAGGCAAUGGGCUUUCCGAAGCGAGCCAUACAGGUAUUCCUCUCCAAGAUGGGCGAUGUUUCCAGCGUGAGUGCAGUGGCCGACAUCUUGUCUACUUAUCUGGACGAGGAAGCGUGGAUUGAGCUCAGAGCGGCAUUGCUCGAGGCCGCUCACGAUCGCAUAUCUCCGAGUGCGGACGAUUUGUUUCGCCCACAAACCACCUGGGCUCGAGCGUUGCGAGCUUUCCUAGGGUCCCAGCACGUGCACAUUCGAAGUCAGCAACUAGUGAUGUGCAACUACGUGGGCCUGGAAAAGCUGCCGCCCUUGUACCACGCAGCCCAAGCCCUGCGAAGAAGCCAGCAGACGCAACAAUCCUCUGGCGUAGUGGCGCCUGCGCCGGUGAGAAGCCCGGAGGAGGCUGAACGAAAACGCAAUCUGCAACGAGCCCUGGAUGGAUUGACGCCCGGGCUUCAAGAUGUCGAGAUGGCAGAAGGGCAGCAGCAUGAUAUUUGCAACGUUGCAGAAAUUGCUUCGGCAUCCUUUGGAUACUUUUCCCUCACCGCAGCACCAAAGGACGUCACGGAGCAUGUGCGGCGAAUGCUCCAAAAUGGCAAGCUGCGCCUUCAGAAUGUGAACCUUUGCCGUACAUUUGGAGUGGGUGGUGCAGCGGAUGGCUUCCGAAGGGUGGCGACGGGAAACACACGCACCUUGAGGAUCCGAUAUAGAAGCAACCAACUUAUGGCCCGGGAAGAUCUUUUGCCCAGAGUCAACGCCAUCUUGGAGAGGCUCCGGAGCAGUGGAUGGACAGAAGACCUACACAGCAAUGACGGCGAGUAUACCUGGUACAAGCUCAACGAAUGGAUGCAAGUUGAAAUUUUGCAGAUUUUCGGCCAGAGCCUGGAAAGUGAGCCUUGGUACCGCUUCCCUUAUGUUCAGUUCAUGAAGGUCUACUUUGACGUCCUCUUUCAAGAGUCGAGCAUUGUGCAGCGAAAGCUUGGUUUACAGAAGGCCUUCGGCAGUAUGGCGUUUGUGACGUCACUAGUGCCUGGACUCAUCAUGACCUUUUUCUUCGCCCAGAUGAAGCUGCUUGCAACUCCGUUGCUUUCAAUGCCAACCAGCUGGGGGUUUGGGGAAGGCUACGAUGAAGCGCAAGCCCGGGAGCAGCUGGUCGUGUUGCGUCCGAGAGACGCGCCCAACGUGGAUUGGAAGAAGCUUGACGAGCGGAUUACAGACAUUGCCUGCCCUGUACAAGGCUUGUUCAGUAUGAAGGUGCCAACCUUCAAGGUCCUGACCGAUAUAUGCAAGAUCCUGGCCCAAGACGAGAAUAUGACAGUGCUCGAGAUCUCCUCGCAGAAGCUGGUUCAGGUUAAAGUUUCAGCCAGAUCUAACGACGCCAGUGUGAGCAGGGAUCUGUGCAACCUAGCCGGAUGCGAAAUUGUAGCGCAAUUUGCAUACCCAACCGAUGGUGUGCCAGGGCCGCCUUCUGCACAGUGGGCUCUUUCCGUGGAUGUCCCCUACUUGCUCACAACCAUACGAGCAUGUGAGCAGCGAGGAGUUUCCGUUGACCAAGUCUACGACUUCUACUGCUGA